UGUGCUCGGGGCUCCCAGUGGUGCAGAAGGAACAGAGCUGCUCCUGGGUUCAGCAGUUUCAGUCCUGCUUAGGGGAUGGAGUAGUGGAGGUGCCAAAAUGAAGGUCAAUAACGCGCUGGCGAAGGCUCUGUAUGACAACAAGGCAGAGUGCUCGGACGAGCUGGCCUUCCGCCGAGGGGACAUCCUGACAGUGCUGGAGCAGCACGUCGUCGGCAGCGAGGGCUGGUGGAGGUGCUCACUGCAUGGACGGCAAGGCUUGGCUCCUGCCAACCGCCUGCAGCUCCUGGCAGGCCCACAAGCCCUGCCGCCUCCUGCCAUCCCCAGCGAUGCUCCAGAGCCACCCGUGGCCCCGCAGAACAUCUACCAGGUGCCAUCUGUGCCCAAGGGCACUGCGUCAUCCUCUACCUAUGAGAAGAUGGAGGGGUGGGUGACGUCGCCGGCUCGGGCUGCCACCCUGCCUGCUCAGGGGGUCUACCAGGUGCCGGCCUUGGCUGCACAGCUGCUCAGUGAGAGGACACGGAGCACCAAGCAGCAGCACCUCUUUACUCUCCCGAGGGCGUGCCGGGCUUCAGUGCCAAACAUCACCAGUGAGGUGUACGAUGUCCCGUCCAUGCAGAGCCGAGAGUCCCUGCUCACACAGAGUGGUGCCACUCCACCUGCAGCACGAAAGGGCUCUGUGCUGGUCAGAUCACCCAAGUGCUUCCAGGAAGAGCAGCAGCUCUACAGCGUCCCGUCCAGCUCAGAGAAGGCUGGAGCUGUUAUCCAGGAUUCAGCAGUGGGCAAUUUGUAUGAUGUCCCUCCGAAAAGAGAAACUGUUGCCUCAGAGAAGAAAUCUCAGAAGAAGUUCUGGGGUCACUGUAGCACCUUGCCAAAUCCUCGGAAGUCAGAAUGGAUUUAUGAUAUUCCAAUAUCACCUGAAAAAACAGGAUUAAAACAAAACUCUUCUGUCCAUUCCAUGGAGAACCAGGUGCUAUACGAUAUACCCCCAGCCAGGUACAAGGCACUAACAACAAAUGCUGAAGCCAUCGUUGUAAAUCCAGAAUUGUAUGAUAUUCCACCAACACAACGGAAAUUAACAUUUCCAGAUGUCCCUCUUUAUGACGUUCCAUCCUCAAAGGAUGUUCUCUUGCAGCAGAAUGGUAGCUGUGAUGUACCCCCAAGUCUCCUGGCUCCAAAUGCUGAGAAUCAGAUUUCUGGAGGAAAUGUCUAUGAUAUCCCAAAAUGUUUGCCCACUGCUACACAGUCCAUGAAAGAGAUGGAAAAAAACAGCAACUGUUCUGGAAACCAGGCAUACCAUGUUCCCCCACAGCUCUCGAGAGACACCAAACCAGAACACGACAGAUUAUCUGUUUCUAGUGUGGACAGCAGAAACAGCAGUCUUUCUACGUCCUCAAACUCUUCUUCUGAGUCUUCUUCUGUGUCAUCAUCAGAAGAGCCUGCCAAAGAAAUUAAGCUGGACCUCGAGGUGGCCAUAGAGACGCUGACUAGAUUGCAGCACAGUGUAUCUAGCUCAGUUGCAAGUUUAAUGAUCUUUGUGAGCAGUAAAUGGAGAUUACAAGAGCACCUAGAGAAAAACAUUGAAGAAAUCCAUAGGGCCAUUGAUCACAUAAAAGUGUCACUUGGAGAAUUCUUGGCCUUUGCUCGAGCCUUAAAGGUGAAUGCAUCCUACCUCACUGAUAAUAACCUUCAGGUCAGAAUUAAAAAACAGCUAGAAAUUCUUAUGAACUCAUUCCAGAUCUUGACAGAAACAAGAGAAGCUCUAAACAACUGCAAUUGGUCCUUAGAGGUUUUGGUCCUCAAGAAACCCUACAACAACCCAGAUGACCUCGAUCGCUUUGUUAUGGUUGCCCGCACGAUUCCAGAUGAUCUCAAGAGAUUUGUAUCCAUCAUCAUUGCCAACGGAAAGCUUCUCUUCAGAAAGAAUGAGAAGGAGCAAGAACUGAAGCAACAAAGAGUGAGCCCAGAAUAUAAAAUGCCAAAACAAAUCACGGCACCAAGAAGAACAGAAAUAGAUUCGCUUCCAGUAAAUGCUCCUGAUAAACCCAACUCAAGUCAAGGCAGUAAUGAGACAACAAAAGAAAAUGUCACUGAGGACUGUGAAUACGUUCAGCUACAGGCACAGAAAAUAAUUUCUGGCAAAGAAGUGUCAAAGAAGAGCACAGAUUCAAAACCAAAGGUGUUGCCAUCUACAAAAAAGAAUGCAGUUCGAAGCCAGCAAGAUUCUGCCAAAAAAAUCGUUGUUCCAGAGCAGUGCAGGCUGUGUUUCGGUGCCCUUCACAAAGCCAUUGCUGUGUUUAAUAGCAGCCUGAGCAGUAACCAGCCGCCUGAAGUCUUCAUAUCCCACAGCAAAUUGAUCAUUAUGGUGGGGCAGAAGAUAGUGGAUUCUCUCUGCCAGGAAACACAACUGAGAGAGGCUCGGAGCGACAUUCUCCACAGCAGCAGCCGGUUUUGCAGCCUCCUGAAGAACCUGGCUCUCGCCACCAAAAAUGCUGCAAUCCAAUAUCCCAAUGCAGACGCAAUGAGGGAACUUCAGAACAAAAAUGAUGAGCUGUAUAAAUACACACAGCAGUUUAGAGCAAUGUUAGAAUGAGAGUGACUUCGCUUCUUGUAACUACUGUUAGUAUUUUGAACAAUGGUCAAAACUUGAA